AUGAAUUCCAAAAAUGAAGGGAUUGAAAUGAAACCAAUCAUGGGAUAAGGUUAAUGUAUUGAUUAAAUUAGAUCGCGAAGAAAUCUCGUAAUAUGAUAUAACAAAAGCAGCACAUCCUGGCAUUUGUUUUUUUCAUAUAUUUUUUAAAUUUUGUGCAUUUUUUUCGUAAAAGAUAGUAUUAUAAUUAAUAGAUAUCUAUUUUUAGGGUUAAUAAUUUCAAGCACAUUAUUUUAAUACAUACUAAUUAUGAUUUUUCAUGCUUUUGAUUUUUAUACUGUUAAGAAUAUUACAGGAAAAUUUUUAGUUGGCUUAAGAUGGUAUUCACAUAUUACUCCAAAAGGAGAUGAAAUUUGGAAAUUUGAAUGUUUUGAUAAAUGUAAAAGAAGUAAAAUAGAUUCUUCUGUAUUUUGGACUUUUUAAUUUGGAGCAUCAUGUGCAUGGGCAUUUUUUGUAUUUACUAAUGUUUUAUCUUUUGAAUUUGUUGAUGUAAAUAUUUAAAGAUUAAUCAAAGAUCUUAUUUGCAGGAAUUGGAGCAAGUUUAAGUUGGAUCAAUUUAUGGGGAUUUUAUAAAUGUUCUAAAGAUUAAUAAAGAAAAAUGAAGGGAGUUCAAUCUUAUUUGACUAAAAAAGGAUUAUAAAUGGCAGUUUAAAGUUGA